CAGAAAGGCAUGACCAGUGGCCAGAGGUGGGGAAGGAAUGGGAUGCAAUAGAGUGAGCAAGCACCAAAGAAGGAAAAUGUCACUGAAAAUUAGCUAUUAGCUGAGGUGGUAAUGAAUACACUUGAGACCCGUAAAAGGCACAAAGAUCAACCUAAAAUAUUGACGCUAGAAGGAGCCUCCGAGAGGAGAAGGGAAAGGGCUGUUGCUAUUGUGGAGACUGGAAGUUUGACUCUGAGAAACAAAACUGAGUGGUGACGCUGCUGCAAGAAGCCUUCUAGGUGCUUCCAUCAUCCCUGAUGGAUUGUUUUUAGAGGAGUAUAUAUGCUUAAGAACUUCGGGUGGUAACUAAUGGAAACACAUACUAGUGAUCACCACGCACUCCUUCAAGUGGGCUGAGGAAGAGGAGAGCGGGAAUGAGGGUGAGCACAAUGAAUCAUGAUUAUCAACACGUCAAGUGCCCUAGGAGACGGUGUGGAGACGAAGGGGGCAGGGGGAAAGCAUGCAGAAGGGUGAGUGGCUCUUCCAUCAGCCACAGAGGAAGGGCCACAGCUGAUACAGGGGCAAAGCUUGUCUUAAACUGGAGGGAACCACACACAUAAUAGCAAGAGUCUCCCAGGGAAUGUGCAAGAUGAGGGAAAUUGCUAGCACGUAGUAACCCAGGUUUGGACAAAAUAAAGAGCUCCCCCCCCCUGCCGCCCCGCCCUGGCUUCAGGGACUGUGGGGCUACUAGUAGAAAGUGCCUCCCUUUGGGGAAGUCUAGUCUCUGCUCCUUUUGCAGGGGCCUCCCUCUCACAGAAGGGUGAGCCUCCAAAGGAGGGGCCCUGGCACCUCCACAGGUAACAGGACCAACAAAUCUUGUCCACACCCCAAGCUGGGCACCUACUCUAGAUCAGAACAAAGGUGCUGAGCUCAGGACUUGAUUCUCGCAGCCAGAGGGAGAAAAACCCCAACACGUUCACUUAAACAGUAAGAUAUUACACUUUUAUCCAGAAUGGAAUAUGCAUUCAUGUAUAUUUUCAUCUCUGGAACAGGUGGUUUGAAAUGCAAAUAAAGUAAUAAGUGUCAGAGCCGUAUCCUAGCAGUAGCUACUUUGCAAACGUUACCAUGGCACCAAUUCAACAGCGUUCUUAGAGGCAGCCACACCUCAGCUAGGUCUUUCUAACUCAGGACGGCCAAGUUCAAAGGAACUGACAGACGCAAACUGCAAGAGUCCUGAACCGAUACAGGAGGUGAAUUUUACAACACAAUUGCCCGCUGAAUCUACUUGAAACAGGGUAUGGGACUUAAACGGGGAAAAAAAGGGAAUGGACCAACUCCUAGGACACCUGGAACGUGAUCCAAGCCUGGAGACAAAAUGAUGGGUUGCAGCUAGAAGACAAUAAAACGAGUAAUGGAGCCCUUAUAUGAGGAAUACCUAGCCAAUCGUGGAACAAUAGUAAAACCUUAUUACUGGCUGAGAUUCUCUCUCGAUUGCUCUAAUUGUCCUUACCAUAUUCGGACAGGUGAAGAAGCAAGAGUUCCCUACACAGAAUUUUGUCAGAUUUUUGGAUUCCCUUAUGGACCAACAUAUCCUCAAACAAAACACCUCACAUUCUAUGAACUAAAAACUUCUUCUGGAAGCCUGGUGCAAAAGGGCCAUGCUAGCAGUUGCACUGGGAAUGAUACCCAUCCGGAAUCAAUGUUAUUUGAGAUGAAUGGUUACUUUGACUCCGCCAUACACAAUAACGAUGGCAUCAGGCAUAUCAUUCUGUAUUCCAGCAACUCCCCUUGCAAUGAAGCUAACCAUUGCUGCAUCAGCAAAAUGUACAAUUUCCUGGUAAUGUAUCCAGACGUCACUCUUAGUAUUUACUUUUCUCAGCUCUAUCAUACUGAGGCUGAAUUUCCUACCUCAGCGUGGAACCGUGAAGCUCUCCGGAGCCUGGCCAGUUUAUGGCCGCAGGUCACUUUGAGCCCAAUAAGUGGUGGGAUUUGGCAUUCUCUCCUCAACAACUUUGUGAGUGGUAUGUCUGGAGCGACUGUUUUCCAGCCCAUUUUAACCGGGAGAGCACUGGCAGACAGGCACAAUGCAUAUGAAAUCAAUGCCAUAACAGGGGUGAAACCCUAUUUCACCGAUAUUCUUCCCCAGGCAAAAGAGAAUCAGAACAUAAGAGCUCAGGCAGCUUUAGAGGGCUACCACUUAAACAAUGUCUUUCCCAGACAGUCUUUUCAAGUGACAAGUGGACAACUGCAACCCAAUCUGACCCUAGACCCCAGGGUUCCUGUCAUUUUUGUACUGGUGCCUUUCAUAAACCUACCACCAAUCCAUGUAGGACAAAACCUACAUAAACCCAGGAAUAUCGUAAAGCACUUAAAUAUGCCUCAAAUAUCAUUCCAGGAAAACAAUGAUCUCAGAAUGCCUCCCGUUGUAAUGCCAGUGGAGAGAGUAGAAAUCACCGAACAGUUUGCUAGUAGCAAAGAGGCAGAUAAAAAGAAGAAGAAGAAAGGGAAAAAUUAAAAUUGGCAUUCCUACAACAAGAGACCAAACUACUACCAGAGGACUUGAUUAGAUAGGCAACAGAAAUCUGGGAACUUUCUCUCUUAGGUCUGAUCCAAGAUGGAGAUAAACUGAUACACUAAAAGCAAAACCUGAAUUAUUUAUUAUCUCAACUAUUAUAAAGCAACACUGUUUUUAACAUAAUCCACAAUGUUUCCAUAAGCAACUUGAUCUCUCUCCUGUAUUUUAAAAGUGACUGUAUCAAAAUGGAGCCAUUAGUAACUUGCUAAUAUUCUGAUGUGGAUAAGAAAAUGUCAUUACUCUACACUACCCACAUCACCUUUCGACCAAAGAAGCCCAUGGACUAAAUAGCUUCCUAAAUUGGUUUUGGUAUAAAAAUUUACUGCAAAAUUGGAAAACAGCCUGAGUUACUGACAUUAAGUGCUGCCUGCAAAGGCAAAUCAGUGAUUUUCCAUUAAUUGUUAACCGUGGACAGAUUUUAGGCAGCUCUUUUUUUUUUUUUCCUAAAAUGGUUCAAAAUAGUUUGUGUGGAGAAAAGCUCUUUUUGCUAAUUGAUUAGAUAUAGCUGCCAAAAUUGAUUUUUGAAACCAGCCACCUGCUCAGUUUGAUAUUUCCCUCUUGAGCAGAUAAUAGAGGCAGGAUAAUACAUGAAAGUCUCCAAAAUGCCUUCCAUCACACACCACAUAAAAUCCAAGCCACUUUUACUGGCUUUUAAGGUUCCUCCUCUACCUUCCUGUUGCUCUGUCUUAUCAGCAGGAGUGUAGGUUCCUGUAGAUCAAGCACUGUCUCUCUCUCCUCUUUGGUUUUCCCUUAGGGUCUGGCACAGUAGCCAGGCAAAACGUGGGUAGCAAGACUGUGAAUCUACAUCUCAAUAACUUUACCAAUCGCCACUCCCCAACAUUCCUCUUCCAUUCCAGCCAAGUGCCUGCUUAAUCAUACUGCGAUGAACAUCUUUUUUUGUUAGGAUCCAUUCCCCCCUUUUCUGAUAUAGCUUCCCAAUGCAUAAUUUGUUUUACUUCCCUUUUAUUCUGACCCCUUUCUUUGUUACCAGUGCACAUCUAUACUGUCUCUUAACAUCUUGUUCAAAACACACUUCUAAGAAGUGCUCCUUGACUAACCCUUUGAGCAUGUACAUUAAAGCACCUUGUUUACGUUUAACUGUUUGCUGCCUCACUCCCCUCUUAGAAAUAUGUAAAAAUGCAUUACAAGAAAAAUGUGUAUUCAUCUGUAACUUGCUACUAAAUAUUUUCUUAAUAUGUGUAAAAAUGAAUGCUAAGCUAAUAAGAUAGUUUUGCCAUUAGAAGAAAAAAAGCGCAUAAUACUCCAUGCAGAAGGAGCAGGAGGCGGAGGAGGGAGAGGAAGAAGUGGGGGCAGGGGAGAAAAGAAAAAUGUUGCGCUUCCCUGGUGGUGCAGUGGUUGAGAGUCCGCAUGCUGAUGCAGGGGACACGGGUUUGUGCCCCGGUCCGGGAAGAUCCCACAUGCCGCGGAGCGGCUGGGCCCGUGAGCCAUGGCCGCUGGGCCUGCGCAUCUGGAGCCUGUGCUCCGCAAUCGGAGAGGCCACAACAGUGAGAGGCCCGCGUACCGCAAAAAAAAAAAAA